AUGCGUGGACAACGGGCUGUCACCGUCCUGCGUGACAGCAGGCUCCUCAGCCAGCAUCACAGCGCCCGCUUCCUCUCCUUCGCCGCCCGCGCCCCGACACCCUCGCAGCGCCCGGCGCCCCUCAUCGCCGCGCCUAUUCAGAUCAACGGCCGCCGAUACUUCAGUCUCACGAAGCCCAGGCAUGCCGCUGCUGCUGGUGCUGCCGCCGCUGCCUUCAAGGCAGUUGAGGCUGCUGCCACGAUCUCGCCCGAGGAGGUCGCGGCCAAGAUGAGCCCAGAGGAGAAGCACAGGCUCUCCAGGGUCCGCAACAUUGGUAUUGCUGCCCACAUCGACAGUGGCAAGACGACGGUGACGGAACGAGUUCUCUUCUACACGGGUCGAAUCAAUGCCAUUCACGAGGUUCGUGGCAAGGAUGGUGUCGGGUCCAAGAUGGACUCUAUGGAUCUCGAGAGAGAAAAGGGCAUCACCAUUCAGUCCGCUGCCACCUUUGCCGACUGGAAGAAGAAGGAAGACGACAAGGAUGAGACAUACCACAUCAAUCUUAUCGAUACUCCUGGCCAUAUUGACUUCACCAUCGAGGUCGAGCGCGCUCUCCGGGUUCUGGACGGUGCCGUCAUGAUUCUGUGCGCCGUGAGCGGUGUGCAGUCUCAGACCAUCACUGUUGAUCGCCAGAUGAAGCGCUACAACGUCCCUCGCAUCAGCUUCGUCAACAAGAUGGACAGAAUGGGUGCCAACCCCUGGAAGGCCGUCGAGCAGAUCAACACCAAGCUCAAGAUCCCCGCUGCUGCGAUUCAGAUUCCCAUCGGCGUCGAGGAUCAGUUCAAGGGUGUUGUCGACCUGGUGGAGAUGAAGGCUUAUUACAACGAGGGUCCUCGCGGCAUCAACAUCCGUGUCGACAACGAUAUUCCCGCCGAUCUCAAGGAGCUCGCUGAGGAGAAGCGCCAAAUCCUGAUCGAGAAGCUUGCUGACGUAGACGAUGAGAUGGCCGAGAUCUUCUUGGACGAGCAAGAGCCGACGUCCGAACAGAUCAAGGCCGCCAUCCGCAGGGCCACCAUCGCCCUCAAGUUCUCCCCAGUCAUGAUGGGCUCCGCUCUGGCUGACAAGGCGAUUCAGCCCAUGCUGGAUGCCGUGUGCGACUACCUGCCUAACCCCGGUGAUGUGACCAACUUGGCCCUGAACAAGGCCAAGGCUGAGGAGGAGACCCAGCUUGUUCCAUACAACUCGUUGCCCUUUGUCGGUCUGGCAUUCAAGCUCGAGGAGAACAACUACGGCCAGCUCACAUACAUUCGCGUGUAUCAGGGUACUCUGCGUCGCGGCACAUACCUCUUCAACUCGCGCACAGACAAGAAGGUACGCAUCCCGCGUAUCGUGCGCAUGCACUCGAACGAGAUGGAGGAUGUCGACGAAGUCGGUGCCGGAGAGAUCUGCGCCGUGUUUGGUGUCGACUGCGCUUCCGGAGACACAUUCACCGACGGCAACUUGCCGUACACCAUGUCGUCCAUGUUCGUGCCUGAUGCCGUCAUGUCGUUGUCCAUCAAGCCCAAGAAAUCAACUGAUGCCGACAACUUCAGCAAGGCCAUGAACCGGUUCCAGCGUGAGGAUCCCACCUUCCGCCUGUCCAUCGACGACGAGAGUGAAGAGACUAUCAUUUCUGGAAUGGGUGAACUGCACCUGGAGAUCUACGUCGAGCGUCUUCGUCGGGAGUACAAGGUCGAGUGCACAACUGGCAAGCCCCGUGUCGCCUACCGUGAGACCAUUAGCCAGCGUGCCGACUUUGACUACCUGUUCAAGAGGCAGUCUGGUGGUCCUGGUGAUUUCGCCAAGGUCAUCGGCUGGAUCGAGCCUAACCCUGAGCACGCCGAGCAGAACGCCUUCUCCAACCAGGUCGUCGGUGGUGCCAUUCCCGACAAGUUCAUCUCGGCUGUCGGCAAGGGUUUCGAGGCGAUCUGUGAAAAGGGCCCUCUGCUGGGUCACAAGGUCAUCGGUGUCAAGAUGGCGCUGACCGAUGGUGCCACUCACGUGACAGAUUCUUCCGACCACGCCUUCUCCCUGGCGGCGCAGAUGGCGUUCCGCAAGACCUUCCCCGACGCCGGCGGUCAAGUGCUCGAGCCUCUGAUGAAGACGACCAUAAUGGCGCCCAACGAAUACCAGGGCAACGUGCUCAUGCUGAUGAGCAAGCGCAACGCGACCAUCAUCGACACCGAGAUUGGCCCCGAGGAGUUUACCCUCAUCGCCGACUGCAGUCUCAACGCCAUGUUUGGCUUUUCGUCCAAUCUGAGAGCCGCCACUCAGGGCAAGGGAGAGUUCUCGAUGGAGUUCAGCCACUACGCCGCGGCGCCGCCUCACUUGCAAAAGGAGCUGGUGGCCGAGUACCAGAAGGAGCUCGAGGCCAAGCGCACCAAAUAG